UUGAGGAGGAGGAGGCGGUGGUGAUGGUGCUUGCUACAGCUGCGGUGGUAGGUACAACGGCGGAGGCGGUGGUGGAAGCUGUAACAACUGUGGGUAUUCUGGGCUUUUGCAAGGGACUGCCCAACAAGCUCUCGCUGACAAAUAUUGAGAAAGUGACUCGUAGAGCACAGGAGCAAUUUCAGAUGGUUUUAGAGGAGAAAAGCAGAUUUGCAUUCGAUGUUGAUCUUGAUGCUCCAAAAGUUAGAAUUCCUCUCAGAUCUCGUGGUUCAGCCAGAUGUGAUAGUCAUUUUCUUUUGGACUUUGGUCAUUUUACACUACACACUGCGGAAAGCCAGUCUGAUGAGCAGAGGCAUAAUCUUUAUUCUCGAUUUUACAUAUCAGGACGUGAUUUUGCUGCCUUUUUUACGGACUGUGGCUCUGAUUUUGGGAGUUGCAGUUUGGUUAAACCAACUCAUGAUAGUCAAAUAAUAAGCUCACCAUGGGCCAAAGAAGCUGAUAAUGUGUAUUCUGUCAUUGAUAGGUGUGGAAUGGCAGUACUUGUUAAUCAGAUUAAAGUGCCUCAUCCAAGUUACCCAUCGACAUGUAUAUCCAUUCAAGUGCCAAAUCUUUGCAUUCACUUUUCACCAGAGAGAUUUUGUAGAAUCAUGGAAAUGCUGAGCAUAUUGCCAAGACUAUGGAAACAUGUAAUCAGCCUACACCUGAUAGUUUACACUCCAAACUUGCUCCUUGGAGUCGUGAUCUAGUUGUUGAUGGUAGAAUCCUAGUUUGGAAGGGAAUUGGGAAUUCAGUUGCUACGUGGCAAAAUUUC